AUGACUGUGGCUGCUGCCCCCCCCGUACUUGUCGGUCGCGACUAUGUUCUGGCGCCGAAGGGGCGCGUGUUCCCGCACCAUGGCUUUACGUCGCGGUCCAUCGUUCGUAAGCGUUUUGCCGAAAACACGACUCCGUUGGCGCUGAGUGUCGGCCUCGUGCUCCCGACGAUGAUGGAGAUUCACAUGCGGCUGGACGAGUGUGUGGUGGAGGGGGCCGACAUGCCCCUCUCGAAGGUGUUGAAGAUUGUGGGCGAGGCGGGGAAAUUGCACUUUCUCACCUUCGCCGACGCAAUUGCGCGUGUGGCGGUGCAGACGGGAUUUGCAUGCGUCUUAAUUCGCUCCAACACGGCGUACAGCAACACCGUUGUGUUCCUCUGGGACGUCUACCCCAAGAUGCAUCAGCACUACGUGGCGGAGGUGGUGCAGUUCCUUCGUCUUCCGCCUUUUUUCUCCAAACUCGUUGGACCUCGUCCGUCUCCGUCGGAGCUGGGCACGUACAACGCACCAAUUUCCGCGCUUGCGGCUGCCGAGGACUGCAUGAAGCGCAGCACGCUGCAGCUGCUGAGCGAUUUGGUCGUGGAUGCGGCUGAGUGUUGCAUUGGGCGGGUGUGUGCAUGGAGCCCCAGCAAGGCCACGAGUGGGUUUUUGGCGCGGUCCGCCAUGCGUCUGACGCUGGGUGUGUUUAAAGUCUGUGGAACGGCGGCGGGACGCGCGGCGGCCGGUGCACGUGGCGAGUAUUGGGGCGAGAUUGCGGGCCUCUCCCUGGCACCCGUGGCGUUUGCGCAGUUUGUUGUCGCCAUGCGCACAACUCGCCGACGCCGCGCGAGCGGCACGAGGCCGUCCGAGCGCACGCGCAGCAGCAGCGGCGGUGGGAGGAGUAAAGAGCGUGGGGCGUCGCGAGGGAGCGGGCGUCGGCCCGUGCCGCAGAAUCCGGCAUAG